UCCACGCAAAGCAUCAGUCGCUAAGAUGAUGAAGACUGGAAUGGUCGAGCUGGGUGAAAUUUUGCUUAUAGCUGUUAUCAAGUUCUGCUUUGUUGGUGCUGACGUCGGGCCAUUGGAAUAUCAUCCUGAUUUUGAUACUGAUGUCUGCCAAAUCACGGAGCACUUGUUAAGUGCGAGGUUAAAUGAGCUGGCGCACAUUAGUAGAAGGUUUGCAGGCGCCGUCGUUGAAUUGCAAACGAGUGAAAAGCUCUCGGCGCUGCUGGAAGAUUUUCGGAAAAGUUUGCCGUCGGAUAUAAAAUGCGAACAGCAGCGCCCUGCACCAAACAAUGCUGGCUGGUCUUCAGCCCAUAAACCAAAUAUUGCUGGAGUUCCUGAAAAGUGGUCAGCAAUGACAGAAACCUGGACAACUCAGAGAGCACCCAAUAAAGAGCAGGGUUCGUGGUCAGCACCUGCUGAGAUGGGAUCUGGAAAUUGCGAGAACAUGAUGCAGUUGAUGUUAACUAGAGGAAACGAAAUUUUGGAACAUGUGCGUUUGCUCAAAUCUAACAGCGAGCUGAUUCGCUCUGAAUUGGAGAAUAUAAAGUCUAAUAUAACGGCUGAUUUAUAUACAGAAAUAGAGCUUUCCAGAGGAAAGCAAGACCAGCGACAUGCAGCUUUAUUGGAUAAAAUAGAAUAUCUUACAAAAAAGGUGGACCAAUUUAAAUCCGGUACACAAAUAUCUCAAGGGCCUACACAAAAUUUAACAAAGACGCUUGAAAAUGGCAAAUCGUAUCUCUUCACUGAAAAGAAAUUUACCUGGGACGAAGCUAAUAAAUAUUGUGGCUGUCAAGGAUUGAAACUGGCAAUUUUGAACACUAUGGAUGACAUACAAAUUGUGUCUGAAGCGGCGCCUCACGCAGAUUGGUACCACACUUCCGGCACUGAUAUGAAUCGCAAGGCAGGUGAAUUUUUCUGGCACGACGGAGUAAAAAUCAAAUGGCAUCUCUUCACGAGCGGCGACCCAAAUGACUUUAAGGACGGACAGGAAACAUGUGUCUUUGUUCGCAGCUCUGUUCUUUGGGACUACGCCUGUUCCUACAGCACUUACGCUGUUUGUGAAAAGCAACAAGAAUGUGAAAAUAAUUAAGAAACAAAACAACGACAGCCAAUAAACAGAUAAUCUUAAAAUAAUUAAUAUGAUCAGAUAAUUUUAUGAAAAUAUAAGAAAGAAAAAAUUUGUAUCACGCACAGUUUUUAUAUUAUAUUUUUACAUCAUUAAUUUAAAAUUGUUUGGUGGUGCAUUUUGAAUACAUAGAAUAUUUAGAAUAAAAUUCGACCUUA